AUGACAAACUGCAUUAUUCAUUUUCAUGGAUCCCCCUGGUACAAUGGACGUGUAGCAUCCGCAUCAUAUGAGCCAUCAAAGAUUCAAGAGAUAUCCUUUUACUCCACAAGUUGCCAAACAAAUGUGCUGGUGCUUUAAAGUUUCCUUCAAAGUCGUGCGAAAUUUAUCGAAACGUUGUUUUAGAGAGCUUCUGUUUUGUGUAUACGGUAUGUGUCUUGUGUGUUUCUGCUCUAGAAACGGAUACUACGCAGAGGAAGAUGCAGAAAGCAACGAAGAGGACCAGGUGAAGGAGGAAUUCUACAAGAACGUGAGCAGGGAGAAGGCCGAAUACCUCUUGGAGGAUCGUCAGGACGGCACCUUCAUCAUAAGGCCGUCGAAUCGGUCGAAAGUUGGAGUCCUAUCGGUGGUCCAGGACAACAAAGUUUUCCACCUAAACAUCAGGAGGAGGGACGACGAUUUGAUAGCUUUGGGAAGUGAAAAAAUUAAUGAGAAAACUUUCGAGGACCUCGAUAAUCUCAUUAAUUACUAUAUAAGUAAUUAUCUGGUUUUGUAUUCUGAUGAGCAGCAAACUUUGACUCUGUUGUUGCCUUAUAGGGGAAAAAUAAAUUCCUGAAAAAUUGA